AUGCGCCGCCCUGGGGCUCGCGCUGCUGGUAUUGGCUUCAACGAGCCAUUGCACCGCAAUCCGUCGAGUCAUGACCUUGAAGAUGGGGGAAAUUCUCUGAAUUUAAUCAAGCUGGAGAUCGCGAUCAUGAAGAAGCUACAUCAUCCGAAUUUGGUCUCACUUUAUGAGGUGCUUGAUGAUCCGACUGAAGAUUCACUUUACAUGGUUAUGGAGAUGUGCAAGAAAGGAGUAGUGAUGAAAGUUGGUCUUGGUGAAGAAUCCGAUCCAUAUGACAGCGAAAGCUGCCGUUACUGGUUCCGCGAUUUGAUAUUGGGUAUUGAGUAUCUUCAUACUCAAGGCAUAGUCCACAGGGAUAUCAAACCGGAUAACUGUUUGUUGACUAGCGAUGAUGUGUUGAAGGUAGUUGAUUUUGGUGUGUCGGAGAUGUUCGAGAAAGAUUCGGAUAUGUUUACCGCCAAAUCAGCAGGAUCUCCUGCUUUUCUACCACCGGAACUGUGUGUUGUGAAGCAUGGCGAUGUGUCUGGCAGAGCUGCCGACAUUUGGUCGAUGGGUGUGACUCUUUAUUGCCUGAGGUAUGGCCGGAUACCAUUUGAGAUAUCAAGUAUAUUCGAAUUGUACGACGCAAUCAGAAACGAUGAAGUUACUUGUCCUGGGGAGACCGAUGAGGAUUUCAAGGACUUGAUCGGAAGAAUCUUAGAAAAAGAUCCAAAAAAGCGAAUAACAAUGGAAGAACUCAGAGACCAUCCCUGGGUGACGAAGGGUGGUACGGAUUGUCUUCUAUCUGCUGAAGAAAAUACGUCUACUUUGGUCGAGCCGCCAACGGAAGAGGAAAUGAAUACUGCUAUCACCAAGAACUUGUCUCAUGCAAUUACAGUGGUCAAAGCCGUCCAUAAAUUCAAGAGGCUUAUUGAGCCGGCAAGUCCACGCGUCAUGCAUAGCAUUUUGGGUGAUGAUGAAAAUUCACAUUUUGUUCUACCACCUCUCUCGAUAGGUGAAUCGGACUCUGAUAUGCAUCUGCAUAAUCGAAAGAAACAUAAACCCGAGACGCCGGUUUCUUCAGGGAAUUCGGACCCUAUCCAUCAACUGAAUUUAGGUGUGAUGGAUACGGAAGACGUCGCAAAGGGGAGUGAUAGUCCAGCGUCACAAACACUAGAUAAUCCAAAUCACCCCAGUCGAUUAGCGCAGAAACGCGCUCCAAACUCAUCGACGUCUGAUAUCAUUAUGCACCAGGGAUCGCGUACCAGCACACCGAGCAAGAGCAGCGUUUUUGAAGGAACGCGGGGGCAUGCGCGAGAUCCCUUGGAAGAGGAAAACCCAUAUUUAUUUAUUGGGCCAUCUAGAUUUUUGACUAAUGAUUCAUCUGGCAAUAUUCAGGAUAAAGCCUCCGUUGACAUCGAAGCGGUCGAUGUAUCCCCAGAUUUCGAUUCAAUGCCAAUCGUCAGCGAAUCUCCUAGUGCUGCCGACAUCGAUAUUUACGAGAUAGCAUAUCGAGAAGAAAUCGAACGAAUCAGUAGUGAAAGCCUUGGGCUUCAUGCCUCUGUGCCUACGGUGUACUUGAACCGCAGAGUUGACGGGAAGACAUCGAGUCUGACGGCGUUGUUGGAGAGAGCUAAGAUUGACGGGAGGCUAGAGACUCCUGAUAACCCACACGGGCCCCCAAAGAAGCACCUUAUGGCAGCGCCACCCUACAAGUUACGUGCUUCUACAGCUUUUGCUGCCGCUAUGUCCAAUCUGAAAGCGAAUCCGAUGCUAUCCCAGGAGCAGGACUCCGGGGAAGAGAUUACAAAUGCAAAGCUUCAAGAGCCUUUAGUUUCAAAAGCAGCAGUAGCGAAACCAGGUACGGCGGCUGCUACUCUCACGACGUCAAUGGCAACCUCACCAGAGAUCGUUACAGGGACAUCUUCAGAGGAAAAUCAAAGUGGGCUAAGAAGCCUACUCAGUCGUGUAAAGAACCAACCUUGA